AUGGCUGCAGGAGAAGGUGAGAGGUGGGCGCUGGCGGUGCUCCUGUCCAGCACACAGGUGACACAUGUGGCCGAGACCUUGACCUACGUGGUGGGUCCCCAGCGCGCUCAUGUCCUACUACUGGAAUGGGCGCAGACCUUUGAGGCUGAGCUACCCAGCAUGGACCUCUUCGCGGAGGCGCGGAGUGCCUUGAAGAAGGACAUCAUUGAAGCGGUCGGAGAAGCUUGUGAGCUGAAAGCCAUGAACUUGGUUCAGGAAGGUUUCAUUCGGCUCCCUUCGUGGUCCGCCGCCGACUUCAAGUCCAUGGACGUCGAGAACAACGACGAACUGAAAGACCGACUGGCCAACUGGUUCUUGACUGGCCUCACCCAGAAGCUUGCGCAUUGCUUCGACUGCUGCAGAUUCUUGACGGCUGUUGACUGCCUGCAAGAAACCGAAGAGCAUUUGAGCUUGACAGCGGCGGUGGCGGUCUCCUUGCACGCAGGCCUGACCUUAAAAGAGCUGGUAUCUGAUGCCACGUGCAUCUCAGAGAAGACGCAGCUCUUGCGGAAGACGCUGCCAACGGUGAACUGUGCCCUUUUGAGGGAGGAAAGGCCCUAUAUGGCUAUGAUCCCAUGACUUUUGGGUCCAAAA